AUGAGCUUCCAUUCGGCUAGUGAGAGAGCAUGGCCUCUUAAAGCUAGACUGACUUGGAGGACUAUUCAGAAUAAUGACUCUUUGCUAUCCCAUAUUGUUUCAGCCAAGUAUAGAGACAUAUUAGGGAAGAACAAUAACAGAGAUAAAAGUUUCAAUGAAUGGCCAAUUACUGCUGACUGUUUGGGCUUAGAAGGUUUAAAGCUUAACUACUUUAUUGAUUCAAAUGGUUCAUGGAAGAUUGAAUAUCUACGCUGUUACUUUAAUGAGGACCUGAUUGCUGUUAUUUUACAAAUCAAGAUUGAGAGUGAUGCUACUAAAGAUUUCCUGGAGAAGAUUUAUUCAUUAUCAGGCAAAUCUAUUACAGCUCGUGCGUUUGAGGCUCAUUGCAAUAGUCAAUUGUGUGAGAAGGAUUCGGGUUUUACUGCCUGGCUAAAAAAAUUGAAACUAACAGCACGAGUUGAACUAUUUUGGUGGAGAAUGAGUAGAGGUGCAAUCCCAACAAAUGAGUUUUUGAAAUAUAGGAAACACAGUGAUGAUGAUCAUUGUCCUAGAGGUUGUGGAGGAAGUGAAAAUGUGUCACAUAUUGCAGUUAAAUGUAAACAUCUACAGGAAGUGCUGAGGAAAAUACAGGACUGGGGUCUGUUUGUUCCUAUUUUUGAAUCCCUGGAGGACUGUCUACGUGAUUUAAAAGGUCUUUCAGUGUCUGCACCUAAUAUAGUUAUUAAAUAUUGCAAUGUUAUAUAUUGGAAUUGGAAAAAUAGAAAUGAGGUGGCUCAUGGGAAAGAAACAAUUACAGUUUUGGUUACUACAACAAAUGUGAUAUCCACAGCUUUCUUAUCUGUUAAUCCUCUCAUUGCUAGCUGGGGUGCUAAUCUCCCUAGGGAGUUUCAAAUUGUUUGGCACCCUCCACCAUUGGGAUGGAUUAAGAUCAAUGUGGAUGCGGUUCUCCUUCCAUCAUAUGUUGCUGGGAUUGGUGGCUGUUUUAGAGAUGAUAAAGGCAGACUAUUGGUGGCUUUUGGUGAGAAUAAAGUUCAUUGGGAUAUUGAUGAUCUUGAGCUUGAAGCUGUGAUGUCAGUCAGAAAGUACCUACAACCGUGGAUGAUCGAAUGCAAAGGACUUAUAAUGAAUGUGAUAACAUCAACGUUAUCAAAUUCAUUCAAAAUUCUUUGA